AUUUGGUGGUGACACCUAUCCAUCCAUCAUCCAUGGGUCUCGAACGCGUCUAACAGUAGGGUACGAGUACGAGUACCAGUACCACACAAAAUACUUCUGCGGAAAUUCAGUAGAAGUUGUUUGCUUCUUGUUGUUUCUCGUACUGUUGCUGCACCGAACAUAGAUCCCAACACAGGUGAACUAAAACAGAAGACUACACAGUGGGCGCACUGCAUUUUUAAUCGCAAAGAACAAAGGUUCGAGCGCUCGAAAGAUGGUUCUCCGUCGACAAAAGAUGACGGGUUCCAACUCGGGACGUCCGGCGAUAUCGAUUGCCACCAGAACCCUAGCCGUUCUCGCAUCGCUCUAUUCGUCCCCAAACCACGGAUCAUUCAAUCGGAAUGGGAUCUUUGGUAAUAGUUGCUCCGCUUCUCUGGUUUCGUCGCUGUUUGUUGCAGUGUCAUCCACAUCUGCCUUUCAACAGGAACGGCGAAUACUUCCAAACAGAAGCAGCACAGGUUGUCUGGGACGUCGACGUCAUCACUUCAACAGCAACACUGCACGCGAUGAUUCUUUCUAUCGCCCUUGGAAUCCUUCGAAGACAAAUAAUCUACGAUACAGAAAUAUCCGGUGUUAUCACUCUUCAAUACCAACGACAACAUCUUUUUUAAAAGCGAGCGAAGUAAGCGUCGAUGAGGGUGCUCCGUUUGCGAACGGAGACAGAGAAAAUUCUGAGAGAAAAGUCGCCGAAACCACGAGGCACUUGCCUCGGCUAUUUAUCGACAAAGGCAGCGACAACAAUAGCAAUAGCUUCGUAAUACCGCUGAGGGAGAAAUCGUUAGUCCCGCUGACGGUCGACCAAGAACAUUAUUUACUGGACGUCAUGAGGAUCACCAAUGCCAAGCGAUGGGGACCACGCAUCGGUGGCAAGAAGCGGAAAAACAACGACGAUGAGGCAGGGGCUUAUGAGAAAGACGCUCUGGAUUAUACCGGAUGCGUCCGAAUCUUCAACGGAGUCGACGGUGAGUGGCUUGCCAGGGUUGUCGUGCCAGAGGAAGAUGCCGGGGGCGGAACCAAAAACAAGAAACAGCGACGCAAGCGAGGGGGAAAACAGAAAACCAACAGCAGCAACGGUGGUGAAGCAUCUACAUCAUCGGGGACCGUUCUAGAGUGCCUGCAGCGGCUUCUUCCACAAGAACGAGCAGGGACACACCGAGAACGGCAAGACGAAGCAGCAAUCGUCGGCAACCGCAAUAAGCACAACGAGAUUGCAAGCCUCCGAUUGUAUCUUGGAUACCUCAAGGACAAGCAGCGGCGGAGGUGGGUCAUAGAAAAAGCAACCGAACUGGGGGCCGAUUGUAUCACGAUCCUCGAGACGGAUUUUUCUAACAACAACAACCCGAGCGAUCCCGGAAGCUACAAGAGAAAACAAAAGGAGGUUCGGUGGGAGGAAGACCGCGAGAAGCACCGGCUGCACGCCAUCGAAGCGGCCGAGCAGUGCGAGCGGCUGACGGUUCCUGAACUCUCGGACCAGGCCUGGACGAUCGACGAGAUCGCGGACAGGGUGGCUCUCCCCGCCGGCGGUCAAGAAUGCGAUGGCGAACCAGACACAGAUUCGAUUGCCGGGCACGUUUGGAUGGUGUGCCGGGAGCGGUCGGAAUCGAGCCCCCCCAUUCUGUCCGCACUCCGAGAACUCUCUGCCGCUCCUGCUUCGGAAUCGGCGGGUGGCACAAACGCCGCAAUCGUUCUCCACGUCCUUGUGGGACCGGAGGGGGGAUGGAGCCCGCGGGAGCUCGAAGUCUUUUCUGGGCUGACGGGCUCGGGGUUGCGGUUUGUCUCCCUCGGUUCGUCGGUCCUAAGGGCCGAAACGGCCGCGGUUGCGGCGGUAGCGGCCGUUCAGAUGCACCGGGAUGCCGAUGUUGGCAGAAUGUGAUGCUAUGCCAUGGUACCGUCUAGCCAGGUAGCUGCUAGCAUGAUCCGGGUCUCAACAGGGCGAUCCAUGGAUUAUGCUACACUUCAUCGCAAUGGUGUCUUAUGCAGCAAGGACGCAUGGUGAUAUUGGAUUGCCCAGUCUUUUGAAUGCGGAACAGUACUGAUCUGGAAAGCCACGCCACAAAGUACAAUACCCCCUUGUAUGCAACCGGGAGUGGGUUGAGAUGGAUAGACGACAAAUAACUAGAAAUACGCAAACGAUUCACCGAUUCUCUCUACCAAUUGAAUCCAUUGGUAUUCGCUGAAAUGGUUCAUAUCUAUUGGGUUUGCAAUCAUCAAUUAUCAAAAACAUAAUUCCCUCACCGAGAAUAUUUCAUAGGAAAGUACAAAUACCGUAGCUUUCGUGUUUCUUGUGGCCCAGGGCGCAGGCGUCAUUAAAAUAUAUCCUCUGCU